CCGCUCCUCCUCCUCCUCCUCCCGCCGCCGCCGCUCCCCUCAGCCCCGCGGCCGCCAUGGCCACCGAGCUGGAGCCGCCGGCCGCCGGCGCCGUGUCGGGCGCGGCGCCGCUGGAGGCGGAGGAGGACGAGGAGCACUGGCUGUACGGGGAUGACACCACUGGUAAGCAAGAAGAUGGACCAAUUUCUGGCCAUGCAGAAUCUGCUCACCCCCUGCAGGAUGCUCCCCAGGAGAGCCGGCCCGUCAACAGCGAGGACCGGGAGAUGUCACAGCACGCCCUGCCCAGCGGGGAGGAUGAUGAAGAUGACAGCGACAGCGACAGUGAUGAUGACGAUGUCAAAGUGACCAUUGGCAACAUCAAAACGGGAGCACCGUCCUACAUGGGAACUCCCAUGAACCUAAACCUGAAAACGGGGAGAGGCUACGGAGCAUCUGCCUCAGCCAAGUUGCAGCCCAAAGGUAUUGACUUGGAUGCCGCAGGGAAUAUAAAUGGAUUGCCUGUUAUAGAAGUGGAUUUGGAUUCAUUUGAAGACAAGCCGUGGAGGAAACCAGGUGCUGAUCUCUCUGAUUACUUUAAUUAUGGAUUCAAUGAAGAGACGUGGAAGGCUUAUUGUGAGAAGCAGCGGCGGCUGCAGCUGGGGCUGGACCCUGCUCCCCCCAUCAGCACUGAGAACAAGAUCACGGUUCAGCAGGGGAGGACAGGAAAUGCUGAAAAAGAGGUGGAAAACAACAUCAUCAAAACAGAGUUCAAAACAGACUUUCUGGCUCUGGUGGGAGGAAGGAUGAAGGCUGGGCCUCCUCCCAACAGGAAGCUGGGCGGGACCAUCGAUGUGAUCGGGGGCCAGGCAGGCACCAUUCGCAGGGUGGAGGGAAGGCGUCGAGACAAGCACGCCUCGGAGGAGAACCCCAUCCAGGUCCUUGGAGACCACGGGAGCAAACCACAGCCUCCCCAGCAGCCCCAGCAGCCAUCCCAGCCCCAGCAGCCUCCUCAGCAGCAGCCGUUCGCUCCACCAGCAGGGCCUCCGCCUCCCCCGCUCGCUGGGCCUCCUCCACCACACUUCCUGCACCCUCCUCCUCCAGUCACCUCUGUUCCACCUCCCCUGCACCCUCCAGGCCUGCCACCUCCAGGUCCCAUUCCAGGGCUGUUCCCGCCACCCCUGGCACCGCCACCAGCUCUUCUCAUCCCAACCCUGGAUGGCCAGCCAGCCAGCUACAACAACAGGCAGCCACCUCCCUUUGGCUACAACUCCGCAGAUUCAGGUUUCAUCAGCUACCCACCCAUCUCCACGUCCCACACGCCCUGGGUGACCACGGUGGACAAGGGCACGAGCAGCUCCAGCAGCAGCCACUGGGAGUACUCGGGCUCCAGGCGGGACAGGGAGCGGGACCGGGAGCGGGACCGGGAGAGGGAGCGAGACCGGGACCGGGACCGCACCCCCACCACCAGUGAAUACAACAAUGACGACGAGCGGUACCGCUACUACAGCCGGGAGCGCAGCUACGACUUCGAGCGCGACUAUCGGCGGAGCCGCGACCGCAGCCGCGAGAGGGAGGACCGGCACCGCGAGCGCCGCCACCGCGACAAGGACGAGAGCUCCAAGCACAAAUCCUCCCGCCGGAAGCAGCACGAGAGCGAGGAGGGGGAGAGUCACCGGCGCCACAAGCACAAAAAGAACAAGCGGAGCAAGGAGGAGAAGGAGGCCAGCGAGGACGGGGCCCAGGAGGGAGAGGAGCAGGACACCAAGGAGUGAGCAGCCCCCUGGGCAGGAGCCGCUCCUGUGCCCCCAGCCUGGCACUGCUGAGGUUUGGGGUGGGGGGUGAUUUUUUUUUUUUUAUUAUUUUUUACUUUUUCCAAGGGAAGAGGCGGACGGGGAGCCCUGGCAUGGCACAGGGCUCGGGGAGCUGAGGCUGCACGUGCCCUUAAACUUCCUUUUUUGUUGUUUUUUGUUUUUGAUACGAGACAAUACAGCAGUACUAGUUACAAAGCACUGAGCUACUCUACUCAUACACAUCCCUAGGGAGGACUUUGGUGUAUCAGAUCCUAUGGUUUCUGAUGGAAGAUGGCUUCAGCUGAAACUAACACAAUUAGGUCAUAGCUUUCCGUUCCUUUUUGUCAUCAUCAUUCCUUUCUUCAAUAGGACAGUAAGUGCAACUUGAAAUUUAUUGUCCAAAGACCAGUGUGACUUAGACCCCGAGAGCCAGCUUAGAGUCUGGUGUGGUAGUGAAGAGUCUCAUCCCCAAUAAAUUCCUUUCUAGCU